GCGCAUGGGGGAGGGGGAGAACUAAGGAACAUGGCGGUAGUGGUGGAGGUGCAGGUUGGAGAAGGUAUUCCCGGGAAACACGAGCUGGAUGAGGUUGAUAUGUCACACCUCUCCCCAGAGGAGCAAUGGAGGGUCGAGCAUGCACGUAUGCAUGCCAAGCACCGUGGUCAUGAAGCCAUGCAUGCUGAAAUGAUCCUCAUCCUAAUUGCUACCUUGGUGGUGGCCCAGCUGCUCCUGGUGCAGUGGAAGCAGAGGCAUCCCCGCUCUUACAAUAUGGUGACCCUCUUUCAGAUGUGGAUUGUUCCCCUCUAUUUCACAUUGAAGCUGCACUGGUGGAGGUUCCUAGUGAUCUGGAUCUUCUUCUCUGCUGUCACAGCUUUUGUCACCUUCCGAGCCACCCGAAAACCACUAAUACAGACAACCCCAAGGUUGGUUUAUAAGUGGUUCCUGCUGAUCUAUAAAAUCAGCUAUGCCACUGGCAUUGCUGGCUACAUGGCUGUCAUGUUUACCCUUUUUGGGCUUAACUUAAUAUUCAAGAUCAAACCAGAAGAUUGUAUGGACUUUGGCAUUUCUCUCCUCUUCUAUGGCCUGUACUAUGGUGUCCUUGAGCGGGACUUUGCAGAAAUGUGUGCAGACUACAUGGCGUCUACCAUAGGGUUCUACAGCGAGUCGGGCAUACCUACCAAACACCUCUCGGACAGCAUGUGUGCCGUGUGUGGCCAGCAGAUCCAUGUGGAUGUCAGUGAAGAAGGCAUCAUCGAGAACACGUACAGGCUGUCUUGCAAUCAUGUAUUCCACGAGUUCUGCAUCCGUGGCUGGUGCAUUGUGGGAAAGAAGCAGACAUGUCCCUACUGCAAGGAGAAGGUAGAUCUCAAGAGGAUGUUCAGCAACCCCUGGGAGAGGCCUCACGUCAUGUAUGGGCAGCUGCUGGACUGGCUUCGAUACUUGGUAGCCUGGCAGCCUGUCAUCAUUGGCCUGGUACAAGGCAUCAACUACAUCCUGGGCCUGGAAUAGUCAGGCAGAAGAGCAUCCACCCACCAUGGACCUCAGGGCACACUCCUUUCUGCCCUUCAAGACCUCCUGGGGGGAAAUACUCAAGGGGCACUUGGGCCAUCAGGACCCUUCUGGCUGUGACCGGGCUGGGGAGGGAUAUGAUGGCGAGCUAGCCAGUGGGGCUGUCAGCAGUGGGAGCUUUUUAAAAGAAAACUAUUUUGAUGAAUAUAUUUAAAAACCUUUUAUAUUGUGGAGCAUAAGAAUUGCCCCAACUCCUCCAGGCCUUAUCCUUCCUGCUUGAGCAGGGCAGGAGCAAAGCCACAACAUUUUUGGUUUAAAGGAGCCUUCUUGCCUCUGGCUGAGAGCCUCAGCCCACCCCCUUCUUUCCUUCCCUCCGUGGGGCUCAAGCCUGACACACUCUGUGUGGAAGAGCUGAAGCCCUCCGACUGGUGACAGAUGAGUACUGAGAGGUGAGGUGUCUUCUCUCUUUCCCUGUCCGGGAGCCAUAGGCUGGUUGGGGCAAGUGGAACUUUAUGACUUUUCCAGUGAGGGAAGCCUCAGCGCCUCAGAAUGCAUUGAGGACUUGUUUGUGGUCAGCCAGAAGCAGUAACAGCUUGAGUAGCCUGCCCCGAGCAGGACUGUGCUCAGCCAGGAGCCCAUCGGAGGCCAUGGGGGCUCCUGUGCCAGGAAGUGGUGACAUGUGCCAAAGGCCAUUCUGCCACAUCACUUCCUUCCCCGAAAGCCUGGGCGAGUGUGUGUACGUUCAUCUGAAUGGGCGUGGCAGAGGGAUUGUAAGAAACACGAGACUUCUCCCUGUCGUCAGUCUUCCCUGGAAGCUGGCAGGGGAUUCCCAGGCCAGGGAGUAUCCCUGUGUCAGCCUCGUCAUUCAAGGACCCUGCCUGGGCCUGCCAGCAUGAGUUGGGGUAGGUGGGAGGAGGGUAAGGCCCAGGUGAGUAUGGCUUCUGAAAAGGGGUUCCAGGGAGACAGACCCCAGCUCUGGUCCUAGGCAUUUUGAAGGAAGUAGGAUGGUAGACAUGGGCCUUCCUCACUGUGCUCCUAGGGAGUAUGGCCCAGUUGGGCCUACCCCUUCAAGGGCAGCAAGAACCAAGAAAGAUCUUGUCACUCCAUUCUUAAUAAAGCUCCAUGAGCUGGGUUGGAAAGUUGAA